CAUGCCCUCCCCCAGCGACUCGAACCGCUCCCUGACCGGCCGCAGCUCCCGCAGCCUCACCCACCUCCGCCUCCAGCGCGCCUGGCUGCAGGUCCUGCUCGUCCUGGGGCUCGUGCAAGCCGUGCUGGGCGUCCUCAUCGUCACCUUCAGCCUGGUGGCGGCCACCAUCACUCCCUCCACCAAAAUCCGGCACUCCUGCCCGUCCUGGGCCGGCUUCUCGCUGGCACUGUCCGGGCUGGUCGGCAUCGUCUCCUGGAAGCGGCCGCUCACCCUGGUGAUCGCCUUCUUCACGCUGCUCUCGGUGCUGGGCGUCAUGCUGAGCCUCGCCGGCUCCAUCCUGUCGUGCCAGAACGCGCAGCUGGUGAAGACCCUGGAGGCCUGCGAGAGGGAGAGGGACACGUGUGUCUGCUGCCAGGCCCGCUCGGAGCCCCCGCCCGCCUCCUGCAGCCACCAGAGCGAGCAGCUCACCAUGUUCCCCAACGCCAACUGCCGGAGCAUCCGUGUGGCGCUCAAGGAUCUCCUCUUCAGUGUCUGUGGCUUGACCAUCUUCUCCACCAUCAUCUGCAUGCUCUCUGCUGUCGUGUGCUGCAUCCAGAUCUUCUCCCUUGACAUCGUCCACGUGCUGGUUCCACAGCGCUCGAGCUCUGUGACAUUGGAAUGCACGUCCCCACCUGACACCUUCCUGCAGAGCAUGAUGGACUUCGAGGAGUUUGUGCCCCCAGUGCCACCACCCCCCUACUACCCACCUGAGUACACCUGCAGCUCCGAGACGGAUGCACAGAGCAUCACCUACAACGGCUCCAUGGACAGCCCCGUGCCCCUCUACCCAACCGAUUUCCCCCCAUCCUACGAGACUGUGAUGGGGCUGCGGGGAGACAGCCAGGCCACCCUGUUCGACUCGCAGCUGACAGAGGGCUCCCACGCCUGCACCUGUGACCGUGUCCCCUCCAUCGUGCUCAGCGGGGAAGUCUCCAUGGACAGCGGCUCCCUGAUCAUGUCGGAGAUCAUGGACAUCCCCGGGGACAGCAGCCCCUCGGAGGACUCGUGCCUGCUGGAGCUGCAGGGCUCCAUGCGCUCCGUGGAUUACGUCCUGUUCCGCUCCAUCCAGCGCAGCCGCGCCGAUUACUGCCUGAGCGUGGACUGCGUGCAGUGCAGCCACCACGCCCGCAGCCCCACGCUGGCCCUGCAGGGCCCCUUCGAGGAGAUGCCCCAGCCCCGAGUGCGGGGCGAGCGCUCCUAUUCGUGCUCCACCGCCGAGCCCGGCCCCGACGGCGGCGGCGUGCUGGUGGGGGGAGCCGUGACCCACAGCUGCAACCGGCUGGUGGGGCCGGUGCGCUGUGCCGGACCCUGCUUCCCCGAGGUGCGCCUCAAGGACAAGGGCUCCUCGCUGCAGGGACGCGGGGGUGGCCGCCACACGGACACCGCCACCGCCGGCCGCCCCCGGCGCAACAGCGAGACCUCGUGCCCUUCGUCCCCGGCCCCGGGGAUGGCCCCGCGCCCGCUGCUGAGGUCGCACAGUGACCCCGGUGUCCCCAUGGCCGGCCGUGCUGCAGAUUUCAGGGAAGUUCUUUAUACCAAAGCACUGGAGGACACCGUGUCCGACUCCUCCGCUGAUACAGGGCUGUGCUCCGAGGCCUGCCUGCUCCACCGCUCCCACUGUGACUCCCCGCCGCUGCUCCGGGCUGGCUCGGUGGGGAAGAACAAGCUGCCACCCUCCAAGAAGGUGCCACAGCAGCUGUCCAAGACGGCCACCCGCUCCCUGGGGGACCUCAAGGGCUACCGGGGCACCCGUGGGCUGGUGGCCAGGUUCCUGCAGAGACCCAAGCGCAGCGUGGAGGUGUCUGGGCACAGCUUCCACGGGCACAAACAGGUUCCCUGGAGUGCCUGGCCGGGUGCAGAGCGGCCCCACGAAGGGAUCCACCUGCAGAGCUGCGGGGACCUGAGCUCCACGUCGUCCCUGCGGCGGCUCCUGUCCUCGCGCCGCCUGGAGCGCGGCCGCCCGCGGAGCCUCAGCGGGGCCUGCAAGGAGAGCGCGCUCUGAGGGCACGGCCUGGCACGGACCCUCCGCCCUGGGGAGGGAAUCCCGCUCUGGGCUCAGCCCUGGACAUUGCUCGGACAUUGCUGCUGCUGCCCUGGUGGGGCUGGGCCCUGCCCUGCUGCCCCGGGGGUUCGGCUGAGCCCCUUCCCCGAGCAGGGCUGGGGUUUGGGGCUGGUCCCCUGGGGUGUCUGUGGGGAGCCAGGACAGCUGUGCCUGUCCCCAUCUGCCUGUCUGGGAUGGUUAUGCCUGUUCCUUGUCCUGUUCCUUCUUCUGGGCAUGCCUGUCCCUUGCCCUGUCCCUUGUGCCAGCUGUGCCUAUUCCCUGGGAUGGCCACGCCUGUCCCCUGCCCUGUCCCAUGUUGUGGCUGUGCCUGACGCACGCACUGGCCAUCCCCUGUCCCCUGUGCCAGCCGUGCCUGUAGCAUGGUAUGGCCAUGUCUGU